CUCUGCGCUGCGUUUGGUACUUUGCUUGCAAUGCUUGCUUAUUUGCAAUAAAACAAAGUCUUGUAAAUAAGUGAAACGAGUCGGGAAUGAAGAAAAUAAGCACUUAUACCUGUUGAAUUAAGUUGUAUAUGUCGUUCAAGUAUAGAGUGCCUAACUAAUAAACAUAUCAAUACAGCCAUUAAAUGAUGGCUACAGAAAGUUUUGGAGUUAUAAACGAUAUUGCCCAAGUUUUUCGCCCUUACAUUCAAAAUAUCUAUCAGGAUCUUAAACUAGGAUUAUGCAAAACAAAGGUUGACAUCGAAAGAAUAUCUGGAUCUGGCGACGGAGCUGAAAGUCAAUUCCGAUUAGUUUUGCCAUACUGUUCCAAAAAAUUAAAGUGGGAAGUGAUCUUCGAUGCUUCUACUCCAUGGUUUGCUCCGGACUUUAGAUUUGAUGAUGAGUCAUUCUUGAAUAAUCUAGAUGAAGAUUUUUUGGAGGAUAAAGUGCCAAGUCUGGCUAAGUGGAAUGAGAAUGACCCUAAGGCUUUAAGUGGAGUCAUAUCAGAGUUGCUGAAUUUGUAUAAGAUUCACCAGAUUAGAAAAUUGAAUGAAGAUGAAAGUUCCCGGGCUUACUUUGAGUAUAGUGCGUUACUCGGAGAUGCACUUACGUCGGAAACAGACAUUGAAGUGUGGGUUGGGAGCCAUGUUGUUGAGUUUCUUAUAAGGUUGAAUGUUGACACUUCUCGAUUGCCCGAGUUAUUCAAUGAAAGUAUUGAUCAGAAUCCUGGUAUCGACACUGCCCUGCUACUUGUGAGAUAUCCUAAUUCAACAAAUGCAGAGUUGAUCUUGUCACCGCUGCUCACAAAAUGUCUUGGCAACAUAACAUUACCACCGAUGCAUCAGUCUGGAGUCUUAAUGGAUUAUGUCCCCAUGGUCACAGAACUGUUAAACAAUAAAAUCCAGGCGCUCCUUAAUAACGAGAAGCUGAAGAGGGAGUUACUGGCCCAGCUGAUCGUGAGGUACGAAGGGGCAGUGCUGGAACACGACGCCAACAACGCCGCGUUCCUGUUCGAAAUGAACGACUUUCAUUGGAUAUUACAGAUUGAUAUAGGUGUAAAGUUCCCCGACAAACCACCGGUUCUUACGCUCAGAUCAGUGUACCACAGCAGCAAAGGCAAACCAAAGUUUAAGGUGCUGCCGUCCUGCCCCUAUAACAACUUUGAAGGAUACAUCGAACAACAGGUGGAGAUCUUCAAGAAUGAAUGUAAGGGAAUAUGUUCUCAAAUUGUUAAUGUGGACAAUUAAAACUUAAGAUUUAAA